AUGGGCCCCUCGAAAAAGUCCGCCAAGGCCACCCAGGGCCGCGGCGGCAGCAAAAACGAACCCAAAAAACGUACAACUACUCAGGGCAAGCACCGGCCGCAAGAUGCAGACUCGGCCGGAAACCAGAUCAAUAUCUCCGCGACCAUUCCCCUGACCCUCCAACAACUGCUUCUAAACGUCUUCAAAGCCGCUUUACUCACGCACCGAGUGCCUAGCAGUAGCAGCCGUUCGAUUGAGAAUGGCGACGAGGGUCAUGCAGGCGCUGUCGCCCAGGCUCCCGAAGCAGCAGCGGAGCAACCGCAGCAACCUCCUCAACUGGACAUCAAAGGUCUCAUCCAGACCAUCAAGUCCCAUCUGUACAACCGGGACUUCGACUCGGCGUUUACGGAUGCGGAUGAGGAGCUCCUGCGCGCGUAUGCCCUGCGCUGGAGCUCUUCGCGCGCCUUGGGCUAUGCGGGGAUCUUUCGGGCUUUGUUGGCGGUGUUGUUGAAGCGGAAGGGGCAGGGUGGUGGUGAUGAGGCAGAGGCGGAGGAAGGGGUCAGUGGCCAUGUGGUUUGUAUUGGUGGUGGUGCGGGAGCUGAGAUUGUUGCUCUUGCGGCUGCUUGGAGGGAUUGGAUGGAUGCUGUUGCUGGUGGGGAGCAAGAAGAUCCACGGACACUCGCUGCUAUAGUGGGCGAUCUCUCUUUGCACGAGACGAAUGAACCGGAGGCUACUGCGCGCGAGGAAGCCUCGACACCCAAUGCACUAUCGAGGGUGAUGAAGCGCCACCGACUCUCCGUCACAGCCAUCGACAUCGCCGACUGGUCGCGCAUCGUCGACCGCCUGGUUUCCACCAUCCGAUCGCCCGCCGUCGCGGGGUCAGACGCGCAUCCGGCUCCGUUGUAUCGAGACGCGGGGCUCAGCAUGAGCCCGGACGCGCAGCCCGAUACUAGUGCCCCGGCCUCGAGCAGCUUCCAGGUGGGCUUCCAGAAGCUGGAUAUCCUCUCGGCCUCGGAGGAGGAGCUGCGGAGGCUGGUGCACCCGCCGCGCGAGCAGGACACCCGCACCCCCGUCCUGGUGACGCUGAUGUUCACGCUGAACGAGCUGUUUUCGACCUCCAUGGCCAAGGCCACGGGCUUUCUGCUGCGGUUGACGGACCUCCUGCGGCCGGGGGCUGUGCUGCUUGUGGUCGAUAGUCCCGGUAGCUAUUCCACGUUGAAACUGGGGAAGAAUAGUGGUGGUAGCGGUGGCGACGGUGAAGAGGGGGAGGAGUCGACGAGGAGCAGCACGUCAGACCGACAGUAUCCGAUGAAGUUCCUGCUGGAUCAUGCCUUGCUCUCCGUCGCGGCUGGCAAGUGGGAGCGGCUGUUCUCGCAGGACUCGCGCUGGUGGAGGCGAGAUGCGGCGCGGCUGCGGUAUGGUGUGGGGGAUGCGGCGGGCUUGGAGGAUAUGAGGUUUCAGGUUCAUAUCUAUCGCAGAUCAGCGGAUUGA